CCUUUCCGGCCGUUGGCUGAGGGUGGGAGCCACGGCCCGGAGACCUCUGCAGGGUGACACCAGCCCGCAUCCGCCAUGGGGCCUGGGUCGGGGGCCUGGGGACGUCCGCUGCUGACCGUGGCCACUGCCCUGAUGCUGCCCAUGAAGCCCCCCGCAGGCUCCUGGGGGGCUCAGAUCAUCGGCGGCCACGAGGUGACCCCCCACUCCAGGCCCUACAUGGCAUCCGUGCGCUUUGGGGGCCAGCACCACUGUGGAGGCUUCCUGCUGCGAGCCCGCUGGGUGGUCUCGGCCGCCCACUGCUUCAGCCAAAGAGACCUCCGCACUGGCCUGGUGGUGCUGGGCGCCCAUGCCCUGCGUACCGCAGAGCCCACCCAGCAGGUGUUUGGUAUCAGUGCUGUCACCAGCCACCCCGACUUCCACCCUGUGACCCACGUCAACGACAUCUGCCUGCUGCGGCUGAACGGCUCUGCUGUCCUGGGCCCUGCAGUGGGGCUGCUGAGGCUGCCAGGGAGACGGGCCGGGCCCCCCACAGCCGGGACACGGUGCCGGGUGGCUGGCUGGGGCUUCGUGUCUGACUUUGAGGAUCUGCCGCCUGGACUGAUGGAGGCCGAGGUCCGAGUGCUGGACCUGGACGUCUGCAACAGCUCCUGGAAGGGCCACCUGAGCCAUACGAUGCUCUGCACCCGCAGUGGGGACAGGCACAGGCGAGGCUUCUGCUCGGCCGACUCCGGGGGGCCCCUGGUGUGCAGGAACCGGGCUCACGGCCUCGUGUCCUUCUCCGGCCUCUGGUGCGGCGACCCGAAGACCCCCGAUGUGUACACGAAGGUGUCCUCCUUUGUGGCCUGGAUCUGGGACGUGGUUCGGCGGAGCAGCCCCCAGCCCGGCCCCCUGCGUGGGACCACCAGGCCCCCAGGAGGAGUCGCCUGAGCCACAGCCUUGCGGCAUGCAAAUGAGGUUGCUGCUCGAGGCCUGGAAUGUUCCAUGGCUGGGGCAGGGGGUCCCUGGGGCCCCAGACACCGGGAGGCCUGAUGUUCACCCACAGCUUGUUGGGGUGGGACGGGCAGCGGCGGGGGACACCCGUUCCAUAUGCAAAGGGCAGAAUCUAACCCAGUAAAAUGUUAACUGACUUCCAGCCUCACCCGCGGGCGGUCAGCGGCAGGGUCCACCCGUGUUUGUGUCACGGCUCCUUGUCCGCAGCCCCCUUCCACCUUCCCAUGCCCCCUACCGUGAACCCCUCUGGGUCCACCCCUGCAGGCCUGCAACCCACACUCCUGCAGCCUCCCACAUGGAACGCUGUGCCUCCACCUCCCUCCAGCCGGCCAGCCACACGGCAGAUGAAUUCAGCAAACACUGUUUCAAACGCUGUUUCCAGCAGAGGCGUUUCCCACAAUUUAUGACAGCGACAUCUGCGUGGGCCCGGAGGCGCUGUGCCCGGGGGGCUUUGCUGCAGCCAAAUACAUUUCCUACUUGGGAGCUGAUGCUGCGGUGGAGGCCUCCGGAUCUGUCAGGGCGCCCGUGGCCAGCUCAAGGGUUCUGCGGAGCCCGUCUGUUCCCGCUUCUAAGGAACCGUCAGUGAACAUCUCUUGUUGGCCAGAGGAGCCCUGCAGGGUGCUGGGGUGCCGUGGUGACCAAGGCAGACUCCAUCACACGCUCGCCGGGCUCCUGGUUUGGAGGGGCCAUAGACAGCAAAAUGCAGAGACAAAUUAAUCUGUAACUUCAAAGACUGGUAAAUGCUUUCAGGAAAAUAAAGAAGGUUGAGGAGA